AUGCAGGUGCAGAGGUCCCCGUUGAUGGCGGGGGGUGGCGGCGCUGCGGCGGCGGCGGCGGGGGCGGCGGUUGGGAUGCCGUCCCAGGGGACGGUGACGGUGCGGCGGCGGUGCGAGGGCACGGCCAUGGGAGCCAUCACGCUCGACCUCCGCCCCGGCCUCGGCGUCGGCCCCUUCACCCUCGGGAUGCCGAUCUCCGAUGCUUUUGCGCAAAUAGAGCGCCAGCCGAAUAUCUAUGACGUUGUCCACGUGAAGUACUUCGACGAGGAGCCUCUCAAGUUGGACUUUGUCAUUAGCUUUCCGGACCAUGGAUUUCACCUACGCUUUGAUCCUUGGUCGCAGAGGCUCCGUCUUGUAGAAAUUUAUGAUGUUAAGAGAUUGCAAUUGCGAUAUGCGACAGCUUUAAUUGGUGGCCCGUCAACAUUAGCCACUUUUGCGGCUGUGUAUGCACUCUUCGGACCCACUUUCCCUGGUAUAUAUGACAAAGAGAGGGGAAUUUAUACGUUGUUCUACCCAGGUUUAUCCUUUGCAUUCCCUAUUCCCAGCCAAUAUACAAAUCUAUUCACCAAUGGGGAAGUGGCAGAUUUGCCCCUGGAAUUCCCAGACGGAACGACCCCUGUUACUUGCCGGGUUUGUAUAUACGAUAGCUCGACAGAUAGCAAGGUUGGGGUUGGAUCUUUGAUGGACAAAGCAGUGGUACCUGCACUGCCUGCAGGCAGCCUGUAUAUGGAGGAGGUGCAUGCAAAGCUGGGUGAAGAACUUUGGUUCACAAUAGGGGGCCAGCAUAUUCCUUUUGGUGCAUCACCACAGGAUGUCUGGACUGACUUGGGUCGUCCUUGUGGUAUCCAUCAGAAGCAGGUGGACCAAAUGGUCAUACACUCUGCAUCAGAACCCCGGCCUCGGACAACCCUUUGUGGUGACUACUUCUACAACUACUUCUCACGUGGAAUUGAUAUCUUAUUUGACGGACAGACACAUAGGAUAAAGAAGUUUGUUUUGCACACAAACUUCCCUGGUCACUCGGAUUUCAACUCAUAUAAGAAAUGCAACUUUGUUAUAUAUGACGCUGAAGCUGAAGAUACAUGUCAGCCUGGUAAUGUCUCAAAAAAUUGCAUAACGCCUAGUACAAAAUGGGAACAAGUUAAGGAGAUCCUCGGUGACUGUGGCCGAGCUGCAAUCCAGACACAAGGCUCCAUGAACAACCCAUUUGGAUCAACUUUUGUAUAUGGUUAUCAGAAUAUUGCUUUCGAGGUGAUGAAAAAUGGAUAUAUUGCAACCGUUACUCUCUUCCAAUCAUGA